GAAAAAGGUAUUUAUAUGACCAAAUGUGAGUACGUGUAACCACAUUUUAAUCAAUAUGCGUGCUAUAGUGGUAUUGGUUAUUACUUUUGGUUCGAUUUUUGCCGCUACAUCGGUAGAACAACGCAAUGAAGACCAACAUUACAAUUUGAAGGAAAAGUUCCAUCACAAUUUAGAAGAAAAUAUUCAUCAUCAUCAUGUGGAUGAGAAGAACCAUCAUCAUGUGAACGAGAAGACACAUCAUCACGCUAAUGAGAAAACUCAUCAUCAUUUAAACGAAAAGGCUCAUCAUCAUGCAAAUGAAAAGGUUCAUCAUCAUUUAAAUGAGAAAACUCAUCAUCAUUUAAAUGAUAAAUCUCAUCAUCAUUUAAAAGACAAAUCGCAUGGAAAUCAUGGGGAAUACAGUCAUUAUUCUGGACAUCAUCUUAGACAUGAAGUGAAACAUCAUAACCAAGGCUCUCAUUUUUUUCAUCAUGGUUACAGAGUCCACGAAAACACCCGUGAAGGCAGUCAAAACUGUCGAUGGGUUUGCGAUGAACUUCCAAAAGAUAUGUCAUCUACUACUCGUAUUUCAAUGGAGUUUAAAGUUCUUUAUAAAGGUUCCAUGUCUCUAUUAGGACUCGAACAUACAAACCUACAACUUGCCUUGGUACUAGACUAUAAAAAUGAUAAUAUUUUACUGCUAAAUGGUAAAACUGGCGUAACAUAUAUUUUGAGCGGUUCCUCUCAACAAGUUAUACGUUUAAAACUAUCUCCAGAAACUAAAGAUGUUUUAUGGGAUCUUUCAAAAUCUAGUUUUACUGAAUAUUUUGGUAAAUUAUCGAUAGAAAACAUAUUGAAGAUCGGCCAACAGUACGGCCAGAAAAGUGACCUAUCGAGCUUACCGGAACCACUAGCUACAGAAAUUGGGGAGAAUUUUAAAAAUCUCGGAUUUCCUGCUCCUACUGCGGAAGAAUUGCGAUUCAUUGCAACCUUCGCUUCGUAUUUAAGGAACGUUUUAAGUUUAUUAUACAAGGGAACCGGUCAUUUUUAUAUACAAAAUAAUUUCCGUUGGUUCGUCAAAAUAAAUGCGUUACUAGCUAACUUAUUAGAUCCGUCAACUAGCGGUAUAGACCUGUCAAAAAUUAACAUAGAUCCGAGAAGUAUUUUCAAUGGAACUAGCGGUAUAGAAACGUUUAUAAAGCUGUUUACUCAAAUAGGCAGUAAUGUGGAUCUUUCCAAGCUAGCAGGAAGUAUUUUUUCAUCUAGAGAGAGAGUAUUAAAGUUCUUUUCAGACGUCAGCGGAGGCUCUCAUAACGGUUUAGAUGGACUAAUAUCCAUUUCAGUUAAUGUAGCAAAAGCCUUGAGCGGUCAGGGUUCCAUUAAUGAUGUUAUUGCUUCCAUAUUAAAGUACAACAGUACUGAAUUGAAUGAACCUACGUACGCUCAACUCAUAGACCAAGGUUUAGAGAUAGUCAGGUCUCAACAAAACGCCUAUCACUCUCAUGCUUUUGACGGUAUUUAUACGUUUUUGAAAGCUUUGGCAGACAACAAUCUGAUUUUAAGUAACGUUAAUAUAGCGGAUAUCAUUAAAAUUUUCUUCUCUCCAAAUCCUCUAGAUAGGGUCAGCAUUGUUAUAAAGAUUUUGUCGACUUUUGCACCUCAAAGAGGUAUCCCGCAUUUCUUCAAAUUUAUUACGGAAGCGUUGAACAGCUCCAAUCCUUCACAUUUUCUGAAUGGAUUAGUACCCGGAUUAAAUGUAUCUCAAUUUGGAAACGGUAAUGUUUUGCAAACUAUUUUGCAAGGUAGAAAUAUCACUCAACUACUAUCGGGUGGAGGGAACAUCAGUUCAAUUUUGUCACAAAUUCCAGUAUUAGGACAAUAUUUGAAUCCUCAAUAUUUGCGGGCUAUGUUAUCUGGAAACUUUGGUAAUUUGACGUCUGGAAAUAUUUUUGGACAAAUAUUUAAUUCUUCGCAAGGUGGAGGCAUAGCCUCCAGUAUACAGAAUGGAAUUCAAGGUCUAAUAAAUGCUUCUCAAAGCGGAGGUGGUUCAGGAGGUAUAGCCUCCAGCAUACAGAAUGGAAUUCAAGGUCUAAUAAAUGCUUCUCAAAGCGGUGGUGGUUCAGGAGGUAUAGCCUCCGGUAUACAGAAUGGAAUUCAAGGUCUAAUAAAUGCUUCUCAAAGCGGUGGUGGUUCAGGAGGUAUAGCUGGUAGUAUACAGAAUGGAAUUGGAAAUUUAUUUGGUGUCACUGCACAAGCACAAGCACAAGGUUCAACACAAUCCUCAGGAUCUGAAGCUACUACUUCUAAACCUGAAGAGUCUUCUGAAGCUGGCGCUUCAGUGUCUGGAGCUGAAGUAGCUAGUACUACUCCUGGAUCUAAGGAAGUUUCUGAACCUAAAAAUGAGGAAUCUUCUUCUCCUGCAUCUAAAGCAGCUACUGCGCCCGGACCUGAAGCUGUAACUAGUGAACCUGAGAAAUCUUCUGGAGCUACUGGUAAAAUUGAAACUGCUUCUCAGCCUAUAGGAGUUCAAUCUAGUGGCUCAGGUCCUUAUUUGUCUGGCGGAUUUACUGGAGGCGUUAGUUUCCACGACAGACAUCGAGCUCAAAAUAAACACCACAAUGCGCACAAUCAUAACCAAAAAUCGGAGGAUAAACUACACGGAAAAAAACUACAUCAAUAAAAUAAAUUGUAAAAAUAUUUUUAGUAGGAAAAAGCGUUCUAUUUCAGGAGAUAAAUGAAAGAAAUUUAGUUAAAUUCAAAUAUAUUUAUUUUCAUUUAAUGAUAUCGCAUUUUUAAAUUGACAUAAAUUGUAUAUGGUGCUAAAUAAAUUAUAAAUAAAU